AUGUCACAACAGCGCCACGCAAAGAAAGAAAAACUCAGAGGCCGAAAUCUAACACGUUCCAAGGCGUUUACUUUUCGCUGCUGUCCCGAAAGAAAAAUAUUUACAGAAACAACAGCAGGGGCAUGCCUUCACGCUGGCCUUCAAAGGAGGAAUAAAGCAGCGAGAGCGGUCGAGGCCGCCCACACGCCCACUCCGGACUCCACGAUGCGCGCCUCCCUCCUGCUCCUCUUCGCCGGCGCCGCCCUGCUCUGCCUCCUGCGCGGGGCCGAAGCUCAUGAGUGCCAUGAUGAUUGCAAGGAUGCGAAAUGUCCUGACACGAGCGACUGCAACCACGGCACUGUCAAGGAGCACUGUGGAUGUUGCGACGUCUGCAAGAGGAGACAGGGCGAGAAGUGCGGCGGCCACGAGCACGAGGACGGCGAAUGCGACCCCCCGUUCGAGUGCAAAAACGGCUUCUGCUGUUAGCGCUCCCGUGUCCACCUUGGUACGGAUGAUCAGAUUACAUAAUUGUCAGAACAUUUCAGGAUAAAAGAAAAGGGGAAAACAGGAAAAUAUGGAAGCUAUGACAUUUGUUGAUGAUAGAAAAAGAGAUGGGGAGGAAAAUAACAGGAAAAUAUAGACACCGUUGGCCAUUUCAGGAUAACAGAAGAGAGUCAAGUCGCGGAUUAUAUACACUCGAUACCAACGUCAAGCUUUAGUGUUCACAAACCUACCAAGCGCUUCAAUAUUAUAUGCAGCAACAAAUCACGCACGAAUAUGGUAUCUCUUCAGAAACUUCCAACUGUUAUCCAUGACCUUUCUCUGGAAUUUCAAGGGCGCAGCCGACCCCACGCGCCCCAUCACAGUCUAAUGUUUCUUACCAAGUCAUCUCGUGUUUUGCUUAUAGGAAUAUAAAACAGUAUUAUUAUUCAUAAACAUAAUCGGCCACACAAAACAAUUAUUUUCCAUAUUUCUUUGAAAAUUGAAAAGCUCAAAAUCAAUAAUAAACCUCAUGUGCUUUUUCCAAAAAUAGAAUAGUAAUUUUUGUGACGUCAUCAAAUGCAGUCGCCAUGACACCUCGAGUUACUACUGAUCUGGCCUUUCCCUUAAUUUUGGGUCGUGUGAAUUUAUUCCUCUGUUGAGUGUACCAAAUAUUGUAACGGCCAUAAAAACAUUUUUAACCA